AAUGCAAUCUGCCUGACCUCAGCUGAUACAGGGGAGAGGCUCUUCCACAUCAAAGGUAAAUCCUAAAGUCAUUCAACAGUAGUUAUUGAUCUCUAUAUUGAUUUUUGAUUGAGCUAUGCUAAUGGUAAGUUAGGCUCAUGCUAUCAUAUGUUAAAGGUAGAGUCAGCGAUGCCAAAAGUAAACAGCCCUAUCAAGCAGAUUUCUGCAACAACUAAGAGUCUGAAUCACGAGGCUGGACUUCUCUGCUGUUGUGGUCCUGCAGCUAUCACGUUGUAGCAGCUAUCACGUUGUAGCAGCUAUCACGUUGCAUCAGCUAUCACGUUGUAGCAGCUAUCACGUUGCAGCAGCUAUCACGUUGCAGCAGCUAUCACGUUGUAGCAGCUAUCACGUUGUAGCAGAUAUCACGUUGUAGCAGAUAUCACGUUGCAUCAGCUAUCACGUUGUAGCAGCUAUCACGUUGCAGCAGCUAUCAAGUUGUAGCAGCUAUCACGUUGUAGCAGAUAUCACGUUGUAGCAGAUAUCACGUUGUAGCAGAUAUCACGUUGUAGCAGCUAUCACGUUGUAGCAGCUAUCACGUUGUAGCAGCUAUCACGUUGUAGCAGAUAUCACGUUGUAGCAGUGUGAAGAACACCCCUGAACAUGCACUGAUAUGUUUUGUUUGUGCAACGUCUUGUAUCGCUCUCACCUACAAUAUCCUGCUGCUCCUGGCAACGUCUUGUAUCGCAUCGCUCUCACCUACAAUAUCCUGCUGCUCCUGGCAACGUCUUGUAUCGCUCUCACCUACAAUAUCCUGCUGCUCCUGGCAACGUCUUGUAUCGCUCUCACCUACAAUAUCCUGCUGCUCCUGGCAACGUCUUGUAUCGCUCUCACCUACAAUAUCCUGCUGCUCCUGGCAACGUCUUGUAUCGCAUCGCUCUCACCUACAAUAUCCUGCUGCUCCUGGCAACGUCUUGUAUCGCUCUCACCUACAAUAUCCUGCUGCUCCUGGCAACGUCUUGUAUCGCAUCGCUCUCACCUACAAUAUCCUGCUGCUCCUGGCAACGUCUUGUAUCGCUCUCACCUACAAUAUCCUGCUGCUCCUGGCAACGUCUUGUAUCGCUCUCACCUACAAUAUCCUGCUGCUCCUGGCAACGUCUUGUAUUGCUCUCACCUACAAUAUCCUGCUGCUCCUGGCAACGUCAUAUCACUUUCCUCAGAUCACCACAAGUCUACGAUCACGCGGUGCCGGUUUGACCCUCAGAGUCAGCACGUAGCCAGUGUCUCUGAAGACAGAACCAUCAAACUCUGGGACCUGGUCUCCACCCAAACCACCCUCUCCAUCAACAGGUGAAGAUAACACUCAUUACAUUACACAUUACACCCAGUCCCUGGGAUGGUAGAUAAUACUCAUUACAUUACACACAGUCCCUGGGAUGGUAGAUAAUACUCAUUACAUUACACACAGUCCCUGGGAUGAUAGAUAACACUCAUUACAUUACACACAGUCCCUGUGAUGAUAGAUAAUACUCAUUACAUUACACACAGUCCCUGGGAUGGUAGAUAAUACUCAUUACAUUAUACACAGUCCCUGGGAUGGUAGAUAAUACUCAUUACAUUACACACAGUCCCUGGGAUGGUAGAUAAUACUCAUUACAUUACACACAGUCCCUGGGAUGGUAGAUAAUACUCAUUACAUUACACACAGUCCCUGGGAUGGUAGAUAAUACUCAUUACAUUUACACACAGUCCCUGGGAUGGUAGAUAAUACUCAUUACAUUAUACACAGUCCCUGGGAUGGUAGAUAAUACUCAUUACAUUACACAGUCCCUGGGAUGGUAGAUAAUACUCAUUACAUUACACCCAGUCCCUGGGAUGUAGAUAAUACUCAUUACAUUGACACACAGUCCCUGGGAUGGUAGAUAUACUCAUUACAUACAACACAGUCCCUGGGAUGGUAGAUAAUACUCAUUACAUUACACACAGUCCCUGGGAUGGUAGAUAAUACUCAUUACAUUACACACAGUCCCUGGGAUGGUAGAUAAUACUCAUUACAUUACACACAGUCCCUGGGAUGGUAGAUAAUACUCAUUACAUUACACACAGUCCCUGGGAUGGUGAUAAUACUCAUUACAUUACACACAGUCCCUGGGAUGGUAGAUAAUACUCAUUACAUUACACACAGUCCCUGGGGAUGGUAGAUAAUACUCAUUACAUUACACACAGUCCCUGGGAUGGUAGAUAAUACUCAUUACAUUACACACAGUCCCUGGGAUGGUAGAUAAUACUCAUUACAUUACACACAGUCCCAGGGAUGAUAGAUAAUACUCAUUACAUUACACACAGUCCCUGGGAUGGUAGAUAAUACUCAUUACAUUACACACAGUCCCUGGGAUGGUAGAUAAUACUCAUUACAUUACACACAGUCCCUGGGAUGGUAGAUAAUACUCAUUACAUUACACACAGUCCCUGGGAUGGUAGAUAAUACUCAUUACAUUACACCCAGUCCCUGGGAUGGUAGAUAAUACUCAUUACAUUACACACAGUCCCUGGGAUGGUAGAUAAUACUCAUUACAUUACACACAGUCCCUGGGAUGGUAGAUAAUACUCAUUACAUUACACACAGUCCCUGGGAUGGUAGAUAAUACUCAUUACAUUACACACAGUCCCUGGGAUGAUAGAUAAUACUCAUUACAUUACACACAGUCCCUGGGAUGAUAGAUAAUACUCAUUACAUUACACACAGUCCCUGGGAUGGUAGAUAAUACUCAUUACAUUACACACAGUCCCUGGGAUGGUAGAUAAUACUCAUUACAUUACACACAGUCCCUGGGAUGAUAGAUAAUACUCAUUACAUUACACAUUACACACAGUCCCUGGGAUGGUAGAUAAUACUCAUUACAUUACACACAGUCCCUGGGAUGAUAGAUAAUACUCAUUACAUUACACACAGUCCCUGGGAUGAUAGAUAAUACUCAUUACAUUACACACAGUCCCUGGGAUGGUAGAUAAUACUCAUUACAUUACACACAGUCCCUGGGAUGAUAGAUAAUACUCAUUACAUUACACACAGUCCCUGGGAUGGUAGAUAAUACUCAUUACAUUACACACAGUCCCUGGGAUGGUAGAUAAUACUCAUUAUAUUACACAUUACACACAGUCCCUGUGAUGAUAGCUAAUAAUCAUUACAUUACACACAGUCCCUGGGAUGAUAGAUAAUACUCAUUACAUUACACACAGUCCCUGGGAUGGUAGAUAAUACUCAUUACAUUACACACAGUCCCUGGGAUGAUAGCUAAUACUCAUUACAUUACACACAGUCCCUGGGAUGAUAGAUAAUACUCAUUACAUUACACACAGUCCCUGGGAUGAUAGAUAAUACUCAUUACAUUACACACAGUCCCUGGGAUGAUAGAUAAUACUCAUUACAUUACACACAGUCCCUGGAUGAUAGAUAAUACUCAUUACAUUACACACAGUCCCUGGGAUGGUAGAUAAUACUCAUUACAUUACACACAGUCCCUGGGAUGAUAGAUAAUACUCAUUACAUUACACACAGUCCCUGGGAUGAUAGAUAAUACUCAUUACAUUACACACAGUCCCUGGGAUGGUAGAUAAUACUCAUUACAUUACACACAGUCCCUGGGAUGAUAGAUAAUACUCAUUACAUUACACACAGUCCCUGGGAUGGUAGAUAAUACUCAUUACAUUACACACAGUCCCUGGGAUGGUAGAUAAUACUCAUUAUAUUACACAUUACACACAGUCCCUGGGAUGGUAGAUAAUACUCAUUACAUUACACACAGUCCCUGGGAUGGUAGAUAAUACUCAUUACAUUACACACAGUCCCUGUGAUGAUAGCUAAUAAUCAUUACAUUACACACAGUCCCUGGGAUGAUAGAUAAUACUCAUUACAUUACACACAGUCCCUGGGAUGGUAGAUAAUACUCAUUACAUUACACACAGUCCCUGGGAUGAUAGAUAAUACUCAUUACAUUACCACACAGUCCCUGGAAUGGUAGAUAAUACUCAUUACAUUACACACAGUCCCUGGGAUGAUAGAUAAUACUCAUUACAUUACACACAGUCCCUGGGAUGGUAGAUAAUACUCAUUAUAUUACACACAGUCCCUGGGAUGGUAGAUAAUACUCAUUAUAUUACACAUUACACACAGUCCCUGUGAUGAUAGCUAAUAAUCAUUACAUUACACACAGUCCCUGGGAUGGUAGAUAAUACUCAUUACAUUACACACAGUCCCUGGGAUGAUAGAUAAUACUCAUUACAUUACACACAGUCCCUGGGGUGGUAGAUAAUACUCAUUACAUUACACACAGUCCCUGGGAUGGUAGAUAAUACUCAUUACAUUAACACAAGUCCCUGGGAUGGUAGAUAAUACUCAUUACAUUACACACAGUCCUGGGAUGGUAGAUAAUACUCAUUACAUUACACACAGUCCCUGGGAUGGUAGAUAAUACUCAUUACAUUACACACAGUCCCUGGGAUGGUAGAUAAUACUCAUACAUUACACACAGUCCCUGGGGUGAUAGAUAAAACUCAUUACAUUACACACAGUCCCUGGGAUGGUAGAUAAUACUCAUUACAUUACACACACAGUCCCUGUGAUGGUAGAUAAUACUCAUUACAUUACACACAGUCCCUGGGAUGGUAGAUAAUACUCAUUACAUUACACACAGUCCUGGGAUGGUAGAUAAUACUCAUUACAUUACACACGUCCCUGGGAUGGUAGAUAAUACUCAUUACAUUACACACAGUCCCUGGGAUGGUAGAUAAUACUCAUUACAUUACACACAGUCCCUGGGAUGGUAGAUAAUACUCAUUACAUUACACACAGUCCUGGGAUGAUAGAUAAUACUCAUUACAUUACACCCAGUCCCUGGGAUGGUAGAUAAUACUCAUUACAUUACACACAGUCCCUGGGAUGAUAGAUAAUACUCAUUACAUUACACACAGUCCCUGGGAUGAUAGAUAAUACUCAUUACAUUACACAUUACACACAGUCCCUGGGAUGGUAGAUAAUACUCAUUACAUUACACAUUACACACAGUCCCUGGGAUGAUAGAUAAUACUCAUUACAUUACACACAGUCCUGGGAUGGUAGAUAAUACUCAUUACAUUACACACAGUCCCUGGGAUGAUAGAUAAUACUCAUUACAUUACACAGUCCCUGGGAUGGUAGAUAAUAUCAUUACAUUACACACAGUCCCUGGGAUGAUAGAUAAUACUCAUUACAUUACACACAGUCCCUGGGAUGGUAGAUAAUACUCAUUACAUUACACACAGUCCCUGGGAUGAUAGAUAAUACUCAUUACAUUACACACAGUCCCUGGGAUGGUAGAUAAUACUCAUUACAUUACACACAGUCCCUGGGAUGAUAGAUAAUACUCAUUACAUUACACACAGUCCCUGGGAUGGUAGAUAAUACUCAUUACAUUACACACAGUCCCUGGGAUGGUAGAUAAUACUCAUUACAUUACACACAGUCCCUGGGAUGGUAGAUAAUACUCAUUACAUUACACACAGUCCCUGGGAUGGUAGAUAAUACUCAUUACAUUACACACAGUCCCUGGGAUGGUAGAUAAUACUCAUUACAUUACACACAGUCCCUGUGAUGGUAGAUAAUACUCAUUACAUUACACACAGUCCCUGGGAUGAUAGAUAAUACUCAUUACAUUACACACAGUCCCUGGGAUGGUAGAUAAUACUCAUUACAUUACACACAGUCCCUGGGAUGGUAGAUAAUACUCAUUACAUUACACACAGUCCCUGGGAUGAUAGAUAAUACUCAUUACAUUACACACAGUCCCUGGGAUGAUAGAUAAUACUCAUUACAUUACACACAGUCCCUGGGAUGAUAGAUAAUACUCAUUACAUUACACACAGUCCCUGGGAUGGUAGAUAAUACUCAUUACAUUACACACAGUCCCUGGGAUGAUAGAUAAUACUCAUUACAUUACACACAGUCCCUGGGAUGAUAGAUAAUACUCAUUACAUUACACACAGUCCCUGGGAUGAUAGAUAAUACUCAUUACAUUACACACAGUCCCUGGGCCCUAGAUAGACUGUAUGUCAGUGGCCCUAGAUAGACUGUAUGUCAGUGGCCCUAGAUAGACUGUAUGUCAGUGGCCCUAGAUAGACUGUAUGUCAGUGGCCCUAGAUAGACUGUACGUCAGUGGCCCUAGAUAGACUGUAUGUCAGUGGCCCUAGAUAGACUGUAUGUCAGUGGCCCUAGAUAGACUGUAUGCCAGUGGCCCUAGAUAGACUGUAUGCCAGUGGCCCUAGAUAGACUGUAUGUCAGUGGCCCUAGAUAGACUGUAUCAGUGUCCCUAGAUAGACUGUAUGUCAGUGGCCCUAGAUAGACUGUAUGUCAGUGGCCCUAGAUAGACUGUAUGUCAGUGGCCCUAGAUAGACUGUACGUCAGUGGCCCUAGAUAGACUGUAUGUCAGAACUAAGACCCUGUGUAUUGCCCAAUCAUCUGACAUGCCUGGGCUUUAACCCAUCAAACCAUCCUCUUAACAUACAGGAGGAAAUAUUGCUAUGUGUCAUGAUUAAUCACAGGACUCUCAUUAUAUCACACCACGCACUGCAGUACCGUGAACUAAAACAUAACCUGCCAUUAUGUAAGAAAGAUUGAUGCAGUAAUGUAGAGUGGUGGAUAUUUUAAUGAACACACCAAGCAGUAUCUGGUUCCCCAUCGUCCCAGAGAGAGAUCUGCAUUCCAUGGGCUACGUCUCAAAUAGCACCCUACUACGGGCCCUGGUCAAAAGCAGUGCACUAUAUAGGACAUAGUGUGUCGUAUGGGACAUACUACAUUCCAUUGAUUCUCAUUCUCAUUGAUUCCUUUCAUCACUUUCAUGGGAGGGAGGGAGGGAGGGAGGGAGGGAGAGAGGGGGAGAGAGAGAGAGAGAGAGAGAGAGAGAGAGGAGAGAGAGGAGAGAGAGAGAGAGGAGAGAGAGAGAGAGAGAGAGAGAAGAGAGAGAGAGAGAGAGAGAGGGAGAGAGGGAGGGGGGAGGGAGGGAGGGAGGGAGGGAGGGAGAGAGAUCUGCAUCAACAGCAAUCUCUUGAAUAAUCCUAUGCAGUGUCAUCAACAGCAGACUCCAUUUCCUCAGUGAGAACAAUGGAGCAAAUUGUCAAAUUGGAUUUCUACCAAAAUACAGUAUGAAAGACCACGUAUACACCCUGCACGACGCUGGGUAGUGACGCCUUAAGCACUGAGAUCCAGUGCCUUAGACCGCUUCGCCACUCGGGAGUCUCUGCUCUCAGCAGUAAGACCUACCUCUGUCCCUUGUCUGUCCCUUGUUGGCCUGUCAGGCUGGUUGAUAUGUUAUUGAUCUGCUAUGACAGCAGUAAGACCUAACUCUGUCCCUUGUUGGCCUGUCAGGCUGGUUGAUAUGUUAUUGAUCUGCUAUGACAGCAGUAAGACCUAACUCUGUCCCUUGUUGGCCUGUCAGGCUGGUUGAUAUGUUAUUGAUCUGCUAUGACAGCAGUAAGACCUACCUCUGUCCCUUGUCUGUCCCUUGUUGACCUGUCAGGCUGGUUGAUAUGUUAUUGAUCUGCUAUGACAGCAGUAAGACCUAACUCUGUCCCUUGUUGGCCUGUCAGGCUGGUUGAUAUGUUAUUGAUCUGCUAUGACGGCAGUAAGACCUAACUCUGUCCCUUGUUGGCCUGUCAGGCUGGUUGAUAUGUUAUUGAUCUGCUAUGACAGCAGUAAGACCUACCUCUGUCCCUUGUUGGCCUGUCAGGCUGGUUGAUAUGUUAUUGAUCUGCUAUGACAGCAGUAAGACCUAACUCUGUCCCUUGUUGGCCUGUCAGGCUGGUUGAUAUGUUAUUGAUCUGCUAUGACAGCAGUAAGACCUACUCUCCUUGUGCCGUGUGGUGUUUUCAUGAUCUGGUUGAGAUACCUUCACCUUGGGUUGCUUUGCUAGUUAUCUUAUUACAUGAGUUUUUAGACAUCAUGCUUUUUGUCAUUGUUAGCCUAACAUUUAGCCUAUCACCAUUUGAGCUUUUCAUUAGCUUAAAAUGAACCUCGUCCACAGGCUAUUGCACACAGUUCAAACCAUUAGUAUUAGUCAAGGUCACGUUGAGGCUGUUAUACCAGUCAAGGUCACGUUGAGGCUGUUAUACCAGUCAAGGUCACGUUGAGGCUGUUAUACCAGUCAAGGUCACGUUGAGGCUGUUAUACCAGUCAAGGUCACGUUGAGGCUGUUAUACCAGUCAAGGUCACGUUGAGGCUGUUAUACCAGUCAAGGUCACGUUGAGGCUGUUAUACCAGUCAAGGUCACGUUGAGGCUGUUAUACCAAGCCUUCAGAGCUUGUGAAGGAACCCAAUAUUACAAUAUGCAUUAUGACAAUACACAUUAUUGUUCUAUUCUGUCCCCUACACAGCACCCACACCAACGUCAUCUCUGACUGCUGUUUCACUGCUAACGGCCGCUACUUGUGCACUGCAUCAUGGGACAAGACACUGCAGCUGUGGGACGUCCAGACGGGAACGUUCCGUUCCCACGGUGGCCUGACCCUUAGCAAGGGACACGACGGAUCCGUCAGCUCCUGCACCUUCUCCGAGGACGGUAAGGUAGACGUAUCAGUCUUCAUGUUCUUCAGACGUUUAUUUGUCCCAAAAAAAGAGGAAUAAGGAACUUGUCGGCACUUCUUAAUCUUAAUGCCACUUAGCAGACGCUUUUUAUCCAAAGCGACUUACAGUCAUGUGUGCAUAAAUUUUUGUGUAUGGGGGUGGUCCCGGGGAUCGAACCCACUACCCUGGCGUUACAAGCGCCGUGCUCUACCAGCUGAGCUACAGAUGAGCACUGUCACUCAUCAGACUUUACAUAGACGUAGCACCGUCAACAUGAAGAUUCCCUUGACCACUACUGCUCUGCUGACAGACUGAAUAUAUUUCUCUGUUAUUGUCCAGCGUCAGUCCUUGUAUCGGGUGCAUAUGAUAGAACAGUGGCUGUGUGGGACAUGGAGGCUCUCUGCAAGACCCUGGAGUUGAAGGUAGCUUCAUGCUGUAUUCUACUUUAGACACAUUUUAAGGCAAACGGGGGUGUGUAUGUGUCCUCGUGUGUGUGUGUGUUUCAAACUGGUGUGUCCUCGUGUGUGUUUGCUCACCCUAGGGACAUGUGGAUUGGGUGACAGAUGUGGCAAUCAGCGCUGACAAGAAAUGGGUGGCCUCCGCUUCCAAGGUACACACACACACACACCUCAAUGUCAUGUCCCUGUAGGCCACAGUACAUAUACACCUCAAUGUCAUGUCCCUGUAGGCUACAGUACAUAUACACCUCAAUGUCAUGUCCCUGUAGGCCACAGUACAUAUACACCUCAAUGUCAUGUCCCUGUAGGCUACAGUACAUAUACACCUCAAUGUCAUGUCCCUGUAGGCCACAGUACAUAUACACCUCAAUGUCAUGUCCCUGUAGGCUACAGUACAUAUACACCUCAAUGUCAUGUCCCUGUAGGCCACAGUACAUAUACACCUCAAUGUCAUGUCCCUGUAGGCUACAGUACAUAUACACCUCAAUGUCAUGUCCCUGUAGGCCACAGUACAUAUACACCUCAAUGUCGUGUCCCUGUAGGCUACAGUAAAUAUUUGACAGAGGUACACCUCAGAUUGCAGAAGGUUUCUGAAAGUGUGGAUUCCUGAGGAAACAAACGGUCACUGUGCUGUUAAAUGAUUCCUGAGGAAACUAACGAGUCACUGUGCUGUUAAAUGAUUCCUGAGGAAACAAACGGGUCACUGUGCUGUUAAAUGAUUCCUGAGGAAACAAACGAGUCACCGUGCUGUUAAAUGAUUCCUGAGGAAACAAACAAGUCACUGUGCUGUUAAAUGAUCCUGAGGAAAACAAACGAGCAUGUGCUGUUAAAUGAUUCCUGAGGAAACAAACGAGCACUGUGCGGUUAAAUGAUUCCUGAGGAAACAAACGAGUCACUGUGCUGUUAAAUGAUUCUGAGGGGAAACUAACGAGUCACUGUGCUGUUUAAAUGAUUCCUGAGGAAACAAACGGGUCACUGUGCUGUUAAAUGAUUCCUGAGGAAACUAACGAGUCACUGUGCUGUUAAAUGAUUCCUGAGGAAACUAACGAGUCACUGUGCUGUUAAAUGAUUCCUGAGGAAACAAACGGGUCACUGUGCUGUUAAAUGAUUCCUGAGGAAACAAACAAGUCACUGUGCUGUUAAAUGAUUCCUGAGGAAACAAACGAGUCACUGUGCUGUUAAAUGAUUCCUGAGGAAACAAAACGAGUCACUGUGCUGUUAAAUGAUUCCUGAGGAAACAAACGAGUCACUGUGCUGUUAAAUGAUUCCUGAGGAAACAAAACGAGUCACUGUGCUGUCAAAUGAUUCCUGAGGAAACAAAACGAGUCACUGUGCUGUUAAAUGAUUCCUGAGGAAACAAAACGAGUCACUGUGCUGUUAAAUGUCAAUAUGUCCCUUUUUUACCAUCCCCAUUUUGCAUCACCAUAAAUAUUGCUCUGUGUCUUUUUUGAAGGACACCACUGUCAGGCUGUGGAAUAUAGAACACUCUGAAGAGAUACCUUGCGUUAUUGAGACCAGGAAGGCUCAGGGAAUGGGCUAUCGUAUCCUCAAGGUUGGCAUGUUGUUCAUCAUUAUACGUAGAGUGAAACCUGAUCCCAGAUCAGUCUCUGAGACACUGUGAAUAAAGGCAGAUUAUGUUUGGUGACACUGUUUUGGUGAACCUAAUCCAGUCUUGUCUUUCAGUGUGAGGAGUGUGGAAAGGCUUUCUCCAUUUGUCGACUGGAGAACUCCGACUUGGUCACAAAGUGUGUGUUCUGCCGGCUGAAGACAGCAACCAGAUCCCAUCUUCAGCCUCCUCCUCUGUUGUCUAUGAAUUGAAUGUAUUAUUUUCUAGUCCUUGUACGUUACUGUAAAUAACUAGGUCCUGUGUUUAGUGUGUACUGUAUCGAGUUAAAGCUAUACUUGUUCAUUCAUUUUGUCAGAAAAUAUCUAAAGUAUCUAUCUAUUGUGAGUCUUUCUCCGUGGUACACACACACCUGGAGUCUAGGGAGGCUAUAGUGAACCCACACAGCUGGAGGCUAUAGUGAACCCACACAGCUGGAGGCUAUAGUGAACCCACACAGCUGGAGUCUAGGGAGGCUAUAGUGAACCCACACAGCUGGAGUCUAGGGAGGCUAUAGUGAACCCACACAGCUGGAGUCUAGGGAGGCUAUAGUGAACCCACACAGCUGGAGUCUAGGGAGGCUAUAGUGAACCCACACAGCUGGAGUCUAGGGAGGCUAUAGUGAACCCACACAGCUGGAGUCUAGGGAGGCUAUAGUGAACCCACACAGCUGGAGGCUAUAGUGAACCCACACACAGCUGGAGUCUAGGGAGGCUAUAGUGAACCCACACAGCUGGAGUCUAUAGUGAACCCACACAGCUGGAGUCUAGGGAGGCUAUAGUGAACCCACACAGCUGGAGUCUAGGGAGGCUAUAGUGAACCCACACAGCUGGAGUCUAGGGAGGCUAUAGUGAACCCACACAGCUGGAGUCUAGGGAGGCUAUAGUGAACCCACACAGCUGGAGUCUAGGGAGGCUAUAGUGAACCCACACAGCUGGAGGCUAUAGUGAACCCACACACAGCUGGAGUCUAGGGAGGCUAUAGUGAACCCACACAGCUGGAGGCUAUAGUGAACCCACACACAGCUGGAGUCUAGGGAGGCUAUAGUGAACCCACACAGCUGGUGUCUAGGGAGGCUAUAGUGAACCCACACAGCUGGAGGCUAUAGUGAACCCACACACAGCUGGAGUCUAGGGAGGCUAUAGUGAACCCACACACAGCUGGAGGCUAGGGAGGCUAUAGUGAACCCACACAGCUGGAGUCUAGGGAGGCUAUAGUGAACCCACACACAGCUGGAGUCUAGGGAGGCUAUAGUGAACCCACACAGCUGGAGGCUAUAGUGAACCCACACAGCUGGAGUCUAGGGAGGCUAUAGUGAACCCACACAGCUGGAGUCUAGGGAGGCUAUAGUGAACCCACACACAGCUGGAGUCUAGGGAGGCUAUAGUGAACCCACACAGCUGGAGUCUAGGGAGGCUAUAGUGAACCCACACACAGCUGGAGUCUAGGGAGGCUAUAGUGAACCCACACAGCUGGAGUCUAGGGAGGCUAUAGUGAACCCACACAGCUGGUGUCUAGGGAGGCUAUAGUGAACCCACACAUCUGGAGUCUAGGGAGGCUAUAGUGAACCCACACACAGCUGGAGUCUAGGGAGGCUAUAGUGAACCCACACAGCUGGAGUCUAUAGUGAACCCACACACAGCUGGAGUCUAGGGAGGCUAUAGUGAACCCACACAGCUGGAGGCUAUAGUGAACCCACACACCUGGAGUCACCUGUCAAAAGGAUGAUCUGAAUCAGUGUUCUGUCAUGGUAGCAGAGCCAUAGUAGUUGAGGAAAAAUAAUGUGUCAAAAAAUGCAAUAUUUACAAUUGACAACAAGUUCAAUGCAGUCCUCAAUGGAGGAGUCUGAACAGCAGCCACAGACCCAGGAGCUGGCAGAGCUGUAUAAACUGGCCCAGCAGGUCCAC